UAUGCAUUUACUGUUUGGAAGACACGACACGGAGUAGACAUAAAAUCCGCUCGAUUCUCGUGCGUUUAGUCGAGGAAAAAGGGUUUCUUCUGCCCGACACUGAAUACUGCUUGUGAUCAAAAUGAAGGGUAUUUUGAAGAUCGUCUUGGUGCUGUUUGCUCUGUCGAUCGCCAAAGCGAAACCUGUUCCUGAAUGGGAUGACGAGGAAGAGUGGGACGAGGUUCAGAAAGAGAGAGUUGACGCCUUGAACGAGGAAGAAGACAAAGACGCCUGGGACGAGGAAGAAGACGAAGAGGCUUGGGACGAGGAAGAAGACGAAGAAGUCUGGGACGAGGAAGAAGACGAAGAAGCUUGGGACGAGGAAGAAGACGAAGAAGCUUGGGACGAAGAAGAAGACGAAGAGGCUUGGGACGAGAAGGAGGACGAAGCGGCUUGGGACGAGGAAGAGGUUGAGAAGGAAGGGGAAGAAGAGGAGGAAGAGGAGGAAAAGAGCGGUGAAGAAGACGAGGCUUGGGACGAGGAAGAGGACGAAGCGGCUUGGGACGAGGAAGAGGGUGAGGAACAAAAAGUUGAGGAGGAAGAGGAGGAAGAGACCGGUGUAGAAGACGAGGCUUGGUACGAUGUGGACAACACCGGAGGAGAGUACGGAGACGACGAAUUCGAGAAAGAAAUUCUAAAUCUUAAGAGAGGUCUUACCGAAAUGAGGGCCGAGCUGGAGGACAUGUUGGCACAUUAAUUGUCUUCCAAAUUUUUUGAUCCAUUUUGAAACUUGGAGCUUAGCACGUAAAUAACGUAAACUCUGGUUGUAAUUUUCAGCAUCUGAAUAAAAUAAAGAUGGUGUAAUGC